AUGCCCGGAGCGGCCGCGCUGGGCGCCGGCCCCGACCCUGAGGAGAGCUACGACUUCCUCUUCAAGCUGGUGCUGAUCGGCGACGCCAGCGUGGGCAAAACCUGCCUGGUGCAGCGCUUCAAGACCGGGGCCUUCUCCGAGCGCCAGGGCAGCACCAUCGGCGUGGACUUCACCAUGAAGAGCCUGGAGAUCCAGGGCAAGCGGGUGAAGCUGCAGAUCUGGGACACAGCUGGCCAGGAGAGGUUCAGGACCAUCACCCAGAGUUAUUACCGCAGCGCCAACGGGGCCAUCCUGGCCUACGACAUCAGCAAGAGAGGCUCCUUCCAGUCCAUCCCUCGCUGGAUCGAGGAUGUCAGGAAGUAUGCUGGCUCCAACAUCGUGCAGUUACUCAUUGGAAACAAGUCUGACCUAAGUGGCCUUAGAGAGGUUCAGCUGGCAGAAGCUCAGAGCCUGGCUGAACGCUAUGACAACAUCAUCUGUGCCAUUGAGACCUCUGCAAAGGACUCCAGCAACGUGGAGGAGGCGUUUGUGAAGAUGGCCACGGAGCUGAUGAUGAGGCAUGGAGGGCCCAUGAUCCGUGAGAAGAACACUGACAGCAUCAAGCUGGACAGCAAAGACGUUGGGGAAGGCUGGGGGUGUGGUUGCUGAUAAGAGCUAGCUGAUAUCCCUAACUUUACUGGAAUUUAGAUGGUGCUUCACCCUAAUGCUGAGUAGCAUGGUAGCCAUAUUCUCCUCCUCCUCCUGUGAAACCAGCAGUUUUGUAGAAGUUAGACACAAUCCUGUUUGCUUCGGUGUCUUAUUUUUAGAAAGGGACUUUGGAGAGGUGGUCCUAAAAGUCAAACCCUCUGAAAAACUUGCUCAACGUUUGUCCCCACCAUUUUAUUUUCUGUAACCUUCAUACGAGUUACAAAAAUGGAGGAAACGACUUUGAACUUGGUAUUUUGGGGAGGGAAGACAUCUGUUUGGGGAAGAGACUGAUGCAAACCCAAGGGUCUGAGCAUUAACAUGGGGCUGGUGGCAAAGGAGGUCACUUUUGGAAUAGGCAAUCUUGACAGUGUCUCUUCAAGUCCUUAGCACUCCACCAGUGACCAGAAAGUGUCAGUGUCUUUGAUAAUGGUAUUUCAAGGGCCAUAAUAGCCCAAGUUUGAUUACAGGACCAAAUAGCAGUCACCUGGCCUAGGACAUGUGAAUUGCUAGGUGCUGUUGGAGCAGGCCCAGGUGGGGGAGCUUCUCUCAGGUUUUGUUAUCAUUUGAAGUUAGUGUUUUAACAGAAAGCAAAACCAGCCUGAGCACUAUCAGGAGCAGGAUUGGACCAGGGUGGUGAUUUAAAACAGCCUUGAGGAGAGGGAAGAUGCAUUUCAUUUGUUGUUUGCUCAGUGAUAGCUCCUUUUUCCCAGUGGAAGCAUCACUAGGAUUUUACCCUCAGGUCUCCAUCAUUUCAUUCCACAACUCAAGACCUGCACCACUGGAAACAGGAACUGAGAAACCUUGAAGUGACUGUAGCCAAGACCUCAAGAUCUCUUGCCAUGUGCCUAACGGUCAAACACAGGGUUCAUUCUGGUCACACUUUUGAUGGUUUGUUACCAGAGUGCAUAAGUGGAUUUGAGUUUUUUAUUGGUUUUGUUUUUUAAACCUUCUCUUUAAAUACCACAUGGGCAUAUAAUGGGAAAGAAGAGCUCAGAAUAGCUGAGAACUGGAUGAUUGCAACUUCUUGGUUGUGAGAAACCAGUGGCUUUUUGAGUGGUUCCCUCCCAGCUUUGUACCCAAAUGUUCCCCUCUCCCUAUCACGAGUUACCAGUUGCUUUUCAUUUCUUGAAAACACUCAGCAGGAAAAAUCUCUCAUAGUGGAUCAAAAGUCUACAUAAAGUAAAAUAGAUUUCAUAAUCCAGUUCUUUCAGAUGCAGCUCUGUAGAUUAUCUUGUAGAUGUGGCUGAGGUCCUGAUGGAUUCCUCUGCAUUUACACUCUCAGGCACCUUACAAAAGUGGAUUUGCAAAGAGAGCAGGAGCAGCAAUAUUUUAAACUCUGCAGAUAAAGCAAAGAUGUUCAGGGAUGGCAAGUGAUUUCUGUGAUCCUGGUAAUAUGAAGGAGCUUGCUUUUCAAAAAGCUCUAAUUUGAAGUCACUUGACUCUGAAAAAUCCAGAACAAAAAGGACUUGAAUUGUUUUGCUACUAGGCCUGCACCACUUUAGUCAUCCAACAUAUCCAGUGUCAUGAAAAUUAGGAACAUUUAGGAAAGGGCUAAUGGAUACCAAUUUUAGUACUAUUCAUCUUCCUGUAGCAAAUAUUAAACCAUUCUCUGCUCUUUCUGGUUUUUUAAGCUGUGAGGUAGAUAACUGAGCAGUAAUGUGUAGCCUGUUUGCUUCUAUCUAAGGGGUUAGUUUUCAAAUUUUAUAGUUGUGAGAAUGAAAAGGCCUUAAAUUUUUCAACUAGUAUAGUUUUCAUAAUUCUGGUAUUUUCUACAGAAGGGCAGGCUGAGCUGCAGCUCUUGGUAGUGUUUUUGGGUAGUUUUCCAGGAUAUUCCUACUUCCAAAGACAGUAGGCAAUAAAUGUCCAGCUAGACAUUUGGGGAUUUGAAAUUGGGAAUGAGAAUGAAAAUGGGAAUUUUCCAAAUCCUAGAGUUGUUGGUGUGUUCCCUGUGUUCUGCUCUCAGGAGAAACUCUGAAGACAGUCCAAGCUAAAGCUCAGUGCUGGUGACUGCUUCUCCUCCUGGUGAGAUCCUUAAGGUUCAGAAUAUUUGCAAACAUUUGACUUUGUGUCAUGACCCACUGCAGUUUUUAUCUGUAGGUCAUGGUCCUGCAGUUCUGCUUGAACAGGGACCCCCAGAUGAGCUCAGCCCCCCACUGCCUGCAGGAUUAGUGCCAAAUUAUUUAAUGCUGACAAAAAUCCACAUUCAUUUAAGGACAGUAUUGCUACUCCUCAGACUGAAACCCAUCGUUUACAUAGUAACUCGUCUUAAAACUGGAACAAGAAGGAAAGUGAAUAUAAAUCCUGCUUCCAGUGCAGCCAGUGAGUGACUGUGUUUUUAUAAUAGAUGAAGAAUGGAGGAAUUAGUGAUUCAUUUACUUCAUUUUGAGGUUUGUUUAGUGAAUAAGUAGAAUUAGACCAGGCACUACACUUUUAAUUACAAUUUGCCUGGAUUUAUCUCUUAAACUAGGCUUGAAGGAUGGGACUCUGUCUGCAGGUCAGUCUGUUCAGUCACAAAAUGUGCAAUACAGCAGCAGUGAUUUGUUUGCUGUACUUUAAAUGAAGGCACCUAUUCCAAUUAGUUUUUCAGUUUCCUGCAGAAAACUAAAACCAUGGCUUUAAAUCUUCUUUUGUCUUUUAGCUCUUGGCUCUUCUGUGUUGUAAUAAGAGUACAAGUUUGCAUGCCCUCCUAACUUAACAAAAGAAAUAGAAGACCUGGUUUAUUUUUAAUGUGUUUUUUUUUCAGAAGAAACCUGAAGAUUUGGUUAUUUUUAAGGUUAGCAGCUGGUAGUGCUUGGGCUGUCAGUAGUUAAAGUUUAUUUUGAUUAUCAAACCCUUCUUUUUUUCACUGCCCUGCUGAAGACUAUCAAACCUGGGACUCACACAGAGCUGUGAAAUUCAGGCAUUAAAAAGAUUGUUGGUUUAACUCCAUUAAUCCUAUUGAAACCAAAAGGAUAGCUGGGUGAAGAGAGUGAGGAGCAAUAAACCUGUGAUUUACUGGUAAAAACCCGGGUUUCAGCUCUCAGGGUACAAAUGGGCAGUGAUGUACAUCAAGUGAAUAAUGCAGCAGUGCUUGUUCAGAGUUCACAGCAGAAACAUUUGCCAAGAAAUCUGUUUACUGCCAGUUGAACAUUAACAAGACUAUGGUGCAGUAAUUGCUUUUAAGCAGAUCCCCUUGGCUGCUCAUGUAUUUGCAUUAGUAUUUAUCAUUUCUUUUUGGCAGUACCAAAGUGUGCAAAAAUAUUACAAAAGCACAGGAGGGGACAUUGAUCUCUGCCUUGUAGCACUUGGGAGUGGAAUGCAGAGGCAAAUACUGAAAUGAAAUCAUCAGCAGAAUGUGGUUCCCAGGAGCCUUUGUUACCCUUUAUAUUGAUUCUAAGCUAAUUUUAUCUCCAGUUUCUCAUCCAGUCCAUCACAGAUGGAACUUGUACAAAUAUUUAUAAUUAUGUAAAUAUAAAACCAAAUAAAUGUCGGUCCAGAAACCUGCUAACGUUUGCUUUGCAAAACAAAAUUUGAGAAAAAUGAGAAUACUUAAGAACAGAGGAGAAGUCCUGAUGAUUUUCUUACUCUCAGUGUACUGGAAAAAGGUUUUUUUCAGGGGGAAAAACCUAAAUGAAGCCCAGCUAAAACCACUAACAGCUUUCCUAUUAACUAAUACUGGUAGAUUUCCAAGGACUUCACCAAAAGUGGAGCUCUUGCUCGUUUUGGGUGCCUGGACAAUCCUAUGUGAAAACAAGGGUUGGGAAGAUUGUCCUUUGGACACAGCAUGCAAACUUGUAUUGGAAACUUGAAGGCAUUUUUUAAAAGUGAGCCAAGAGCUGAAUUUACACAGACAUGAAAGCUGCAGGCAGAUGCCUCCCAAUGUCUUCUAAAGCAUCUCGGUACCAUUGCAAAUAAAGCACAAAAUUUGUGUGGAAAUGGUUUUUGCACUAAAGGGAAAUAAUUAUCAGAGAAAAAAAAAUCAUUAAUGUGAAAGGCAGAGCAUCCUGAUUAUUCUGCGUUUUUCAUGUUCAUUUCCUAUUUCAAUGCUGUGCAUAAGUAAGAUUUUUCCCUUUAUAAAUGUUAUUAAAAUAGGUAAAAGUGUGAAAAGUUGUUUGAUACUUGACAAAAUCAGUGCUUUCUUAAGAGAGUGAUAAUAGUGAUGAGGAGAAUAAUUUUGCUGAUAGGGUUUGGUGGUGCAGCAUCAGGGAAUCCCCACAGAGUCAUGUUGGAAUGGUGUGGGACACAAAAACCAUUCCCAAAAGAGGGGAAGCCAGUGGGGGACACCCGACCCUGUCCUGCCAGACAGAGAACAGAUCCAGGCCUGUACUGAGCAGAAGGUGAAUUUAGUUCUUUGUGUUGAAAGAUUGCUGUUUCAGAUUUCUGAUAGGCAGAUGUGCUGUCUGCCAGCUUUUCCCUCUUCUGUGCCUCACUUGCUGAGAUCUGACAGGUAAAAACCCCACAGCUCCAGAGCAGGGAGCAUCCCAGCCAGUCUGGCUCACACACACCUCUUGGGGGGAAGGAAAAAAAUCUCUUAAUUCAUAUUGAAUUCAUUCACUUCAUUCCAAAAUUAUCUGAGGGGUUGGGUGAUAACAGUGUUAAAAUGGUUCUGCAUUUUCUAGGACAAAUCUGUUGCUUUUCAAGGUUUCUUCAAGAGAUGCAGGCUGUACAUUUCUAAUCAUCAAUAACUAUUUUGCUUUUAAACUUUCUUAUCACAAUACUGACUAUAAAUGAUUUGGAAUAUGAGGAGACAAGGGAGCAAGCUUGCAUACUAUGGUAAUUUUUUAUACUUUACCUUCAUCUAUUUAUGAAUUUAUUAUGAAAAGUAUUUUUAAACAUGAAAUCUGCUUUUGUUGUGAAUUUUAGCAAAGUAGUGGAUACAUUGUACUGUGUAUCAUUAAAAAGGUUUAAUUAAAGUAAACAUUUGGCAAUUAAUA